AGCAACAAAUUUUUGUUUAUCUCUCACAACUUCCCCAGAAACACUUUUUCUGCUUUUCGAAAUUCCAACGCAAAGAGAGAGAGAGAGAGAGUGUGUGAUCGGAGAAUGGCGACGGAGCAUAUAGUCCGUACCGGAGACGAGUACAAUGUCGAGCUUUUACCUAGCGACGACGAUGCGCCGCCGCUUCAAUCGUCUUGGCGUCUCAGCCUCGAGACUUUCCGACUUCCUUCUUCACCGUCGUCUUCCGGCCGUCAUGACGUUCGUACUCGCUUUUCUCACUAUUUCCGUACUCCCAGAAAGGAACGUAAAGUCUCUGAAUACUACAAGAAGCAAGAGAGGCUCCUCGAGGGAUUCAAUGAGAUGGAGACUAUCCACGAAACUGGUUUUGCAUCUGGAGGAGCGCCAAGUGAGGAAGAAAUGAAGAAGCUUGCAAAGAGUGAGAGACUGGCAGUUAACAUCUCAAACGCUGCAAAUUUGGUACUUUUUGUGGCAAAAGUUUAUGCCUCUAUGGAGAGUAGAUCCAUGGCUGUCAUAGCUUCAACUUUGGACUCUCUCUUGGACCUCUUGUCUGGUUUUAUUCUUUGGUUCACUGCUAAUGCCAUGAGAAAACCAAACCAGUUUCACUAUCCAAUAGGCAAGCGACGGAUGCAACCUGUGGGAAUCAUCGUGUUUGCUUCCGUGAUGGCAACUCUUGGACUGCAAGUUUUGUUAGAGUCAGGAAGGCAACUAGUCUCCAAGAAUGGUAUUCAUAUGAAUAGCACAGAGGAGAAAUGGAUGAUCGGGAUCAUGGUCUCUGUCACCAUCGUGAAGUUUCUACUCAUGCUUUAUUGCAGAGGAUUUCAGAACGAAAUCGUUAGGGCCUACGCUCAGGAUCACCUCUUUGAUGUCGUCACCAAUUCAAUCGGCUUAGCAACAGCCGUCUUGGCCGUCAAAUUCUACUGGUGGAUUGAUCCCUCCGGUGCUAUACUUAUUGCUUUGUACACCAUAGGAACAUGGGCAAGAACCGUACUAGAGAACGUCCAUUCGCUGAUCGGACGCUCUGCGCCGCCAGAUUUCUUGGCGAAACUGACAUUCUUGAUAUGGAACCAUCACGAACAAAUCAAGCAUAUUGACACAGUAAGGGCUUACACUUUUGGGUCACACUACUUUGUGGAAGUAGAUAUUGUUUUGCCAGAGGACAUGAGGCUGCAAGAGGCUCACAACAUCGGAGAGACUCUUCAGGAGAAGCUAGAGCAGCUUGCUGAGGUGGAACGGGCUUUUGUCCACAUAGACUUUGAAUUCACUCAUCGUCCUGAACACAAGUGUAAUUAGCUUUUUGGGCUUCUCCGUAAAGAUUCAGUAGGAGAAUGAUAAGUUAUAAGUAAUCUUCUAGUGUUAGUUCUUUAGUUUGUGUUCUAGUGUCGUCGUAAUUGUCUGUAUGGUAUGCCUCUUAUUGUAUGCGGUCUAGAGUUUGAAAGAAAAACACGUAGUCUAUCUUUUCGUAGCGUGCACUGCGUGCUGUUUGUUUGGGUCAGACGGCAAGAUGUUUGAAGCAAAUUGACAUUCAAACCGUUUCU